GGGAAAUGAGACUCUGGAAUCAGUUUCUGAUCAGUCAGCUACUAGACAGUGGAACAUACUGCAGCUGUGAUAAUAAGAUAUGAUCAUAAUGGUGAACAUUAUUCUGGUACCCCUUUGGACAGCAAUGGCAAUUCAGCCAAAUUUGUUGCAGGCUAAAGGAAUUCAGGUUCUUCCCCCUGUUAACUUCACCCUCACAGUCACUGCACUAGCAGAAGUACUUUUACAUUGGAAACCAAACCCUGAUCAACAACAGAACUACACUGUUAUCUAUGAUGUGGAAAUCAUUUCUCCUGUACAGGAAAUGUACGAUACAAAGCACACCCAUAGUACUCGUACAGUGGUGCUCCAUGAUGGUUUUUCUGCACAAAUUCGGACACUGCUUUUCUAUAACAGCUCAAAAAUAGGAAGUGAGUGGGUCACAGAAGAACUCCCAGCCCUCGCAGGUGAUGCUGAGACAUCAGUCACUAACUUAUUCUGCAUUGUUUACACUGCCAGUUAUAAUACACCAUCUCUUCACUGCAACUGGUUUGCUGGUAAACAGGCACCAACAGAUACAGUAUACUUACUAUUUUACAGGUAUAAUAACUACACCGAGCAGUGUCCAGACUAUUUGCAAGACAAAUGGCAGAGAAAUGUAGGUUGCAGAUUUUCAAAGACUUACAUUGACCCUAAACAGAUUGGCACACUCAUUAUAAUACAUGUUAAUGGGUCAAGCAAGCAUGCUGCAAUCAAACCUCUUGAACAACUAUUUAAUCAAGAUACCAUUGAGAAAAUAAAUCCUCCUCGAAAUGUCACCAUAUCUUUAGAACAAAAUGACACCUUGGUCACAUGGGAAAAGCCAAUUUCUCCUUUGUCAAAGGCAUGGUUUUGUUAUGAAGUUAUCAUUCACAAUUUGAAGACAGGUACAAAUCAGCUAUCGAAAAGCACAUCUAAUGAUUUCAAAUUCAGGAUGGAUGUUACCAGUAGAUACUCCAUACAGAUAAGGGCUAAUCGUCAGUAUAAUGAAGGAUUUUGGAGCGAGUGGACUGACCCCCUUUUUAUUGGGGAGGAGCAGAAGAAAAAUCAAGUGGGUUGGGUUCUCAUCUUGGUUACAGUAACCACGUGUUUCAUCACACUGUUUAUUGCAAUGGCAUGCAAAAUGUGCCACUUAUGGAGUAGGUUAUUUCCACCAAUUCCAACACCUAAAAACAACUUAAAAGAUUUGUUUUCAGCAAAGGACUAUGAGAUAAGAUAUAACUUCUCCCUGGCCCCACAUCGAGAAUGCUAUACAAGAGCACGGACCUAUACAAGUGAAACAGAAACAGAGGUUGGAAGUUAUAUCGACGACCUUGGAAGUUACAACGAAGACCUUUAUUGUGAGGUUCUCGAAGACUCUGUCAUCUGA